AUGUUGAACAACACAGUGCUCAUUGCACUAGUGUUUGUGCUUAUAACAUCCUCCUUGCUAUUGAUCACUCAAAGACAUAAGGGCAGUCGAUUGGUUCUCAAUGGAGAAUCGAUAACUAAAAACAAAGAACCUACAAUAAUUAUCGCUGGACCUUCCAAUAGUGGUAAAACAGCUUUUUAUACCUUUUUGACAAGUGGAAAAUUAACGAACACCGUUACGUCUCAAAAAACAAGUGUUGCACAUGAUUUCAAGUUAUCAAAAGCAAAUACAUUCAGAUUAAUGGAGUUCCCAGGUCACAAUAAACUGCGCAAGCAACUAAUUGAUACUUUGGAAAGCUCUAACAAUAUCAAAGGAUUAUUAUUCAUGGUAGAUUCCACAACGGAUCCAAAAGACUUAACGGAGGUUGCUGAGUUUCUAUUUCAAAUCCUUCAAGUCACAGAACGCCAGCCGGAUGGUUGCGAUAUUCUCUUAGCAUGUAAUAAAUGUGAAUCGUUCACCUCUAGACCACCGGCAAAAAUUAAGGACGCCCUCGAGAAAGAGAUGGAUAAAAUAAUUGCUAGGAAAAGAAAAUCACUAGAUAGUGUCCAGAAUACCCUCAAUGGAAGUCUAAAGAAAACCGACGAUGCCGAUAACGAAGACGAUCAAGAAGAAAAGAGCGCUCUCUUGGAUAUCCAAGUUGCCGGUGGAUUUAAAUUCAGCUCAUUAGAAGGUAAUGUCGACGCCCUUGAAGGCAGUGUAACAAAAAACAAUGUUGAUAAAUGGGAAUGCUGGAUUGAAGAAAGAUUAAUCAAUUAG